UACUUCGUGCCAGAGGCAUAGUUUAGUCGGUCUCGCGUCUUACGCGUGUGCGCAUCAAUUCCGUGUUGAUCCUCGUUGUGCGUUCUUAACGCACUUCGCUGGUUGCGUGUAUCGAAGCUUAAAAUAUUUCGGAGAACUCGUGAUCGUAUCGGGGAAGAUUUCUUUAUUUUUUUUUGUUUGAUAAAACUUUAUUUUUUUCUUGUAUACUCUCAAAUAUCCCGGUCCGUCAUUCAGCCCUGACGUAGAAGGAAAUUUGGAGGUAAUCGACGUUCACCAGGAGACUGACAUGUGAUGGGGCGAGAAUGGUGACGAAGGCGAAGCUGCACUGAGCAGCUGGGUUUCGUCUCCAGGAUUCCCCAGCCACGUAAGGAAGCAUGACCCUUCACUGGGAUAAGCUUUCACCUGGGGAGUUUCAGCAGCUCCAGGAUUUGGCAGCCUACUCCACGCGGAAGCUGCAGGACGUACUCUCGGAAUUUUGCGGGACUGCUACCACCCCCGGAGGCAUCCCCAAGUACCAUCCUGAUGGGGACAUUGAUUACGACGGCUUUCGGAGGUUCCUGGAUACCUACCUGGAGGUUGCGACACCGGAUGAGCUAUCUCGUCAUCUGUUCCUCUCCUUCGUGAAGAAGGGUCCACGUGGAGUCGAUGGAAAAGCAUUCAAAGAAAUGGCAGUCCUCUCAUCCACAACAGCUUGCGCGGCCAUUACGUCUCACACGACAUCCAGCAGUAACGUUAACAGCACCGGUAUAUCGGCCAGUGCAGGAUCUGAAAGUCAUGGCGGCGGUUCAUCCUUGGCUGAUAAGAUUCAUGGUCUUACGGAAAAAUUACAAGCGUUAGGACAUCAUAGAAGCGACAGCGAAGCAUCGGCAAGAGCUCGAACCGGAAGCGUCCAUCCGAUGCUGACGGUCACACAUACCUCUUAUAGCUGCCACGACGUACUAGAGAAAAAGAGCACUGACAGCAGUCCAAGUCACAGUCAAAUGUCUAGGAAUUCCUCGAGGAAAUCGAACAACUCGCUACUCGUGAAUAACGGGAAGUUCGAAGAAAUGAGGCACCUCGUGAGAAAGCAGAGUACCAUAGACGUUCAUUCGGUGAAGGUCAGCCUUAAGGAUAUCGUGUGUUACUUGUCCUUACUAGAGGCUGGAAGACCUGAGGAUAAAUUAGAAUUUAUGUUUCGCCUCUACGACACUGACGGUAAUGGCGUACUCGACACAAAUGAGAUGGACUGUAUCGUCAACCAAAUGAUGAACGUCGCUGAGUAUCUUGGAUGGGACGUUACGGAACUGAAACCGAUCCUCCAAGACAUGAUGAUAGAAAUAGAUUACGACGCCGACGGUACGGUAUCUCUAGAAGAGUGGAAAAGAGGUGGCCUCACGACAAUACCGCUUUUGGUUCUUCUCGGACUUGAUUCUCACGUGAAAGAAGACGGAAAUCACUUAUGGAGGUUAAAACACUUCAGCAAACCAGCCUACUGCAAUCUCUGUCUAAAUAUGUUAGUGGGUCUUGGAAAGAAAGGUCUCUGCUGUGUAUUCUGUAAGUACACGGUUCACGAACGAUGCGUACAGAGGGCGCCAGCGUCGUGCAUAGCGACUUACGUCAAGAGUAAAAAGACUUCUCAGACAAUGGCUCACCACUGGGUCGAGGGUAACUGUCAUGGCAAAUGUUCCAAGUGCAGAAAGACCAUAAAGAGUUACAAUGGUAUCACCGGCCUCCAUUGUCGUUGGUGUCAGUUAACGCUGCACAACAGGUGCGUCUCACAAGUGCGGACCGAGUGUACACUUGGAGAACACGCAGUUCAUAUUUUACCACCGACGGCAAUCUGUCCGGUUGUCCUGGACAGACAGAGAUCCCUGUCCAGGGACAGUAAAAGGGGCAGCAAGCAUGGCCAGGAUACGUCGUCCAUUAGUUCCGGUGCAUUCCUCACCAGCAGCAGCUCGUCCAAUCAGCAACCAGCCAUGUCGUUCCAGAUAACCCCACCACCGGAUUCCAGACCGCUCUUGGUUUUUAUUAAUCCGAAAUCCGGCGGCAGGCAGGGUGAGAGGAUGCUCAGGAAGUUUCAAUACAUAUUGAACCCGCGGCAGGUUCACAAUCUUGCUAUCGGUGGACCCAUGCAGGGACUCCAGAUGUUCAAGGACGUGGAGAAUUUUAAAGUUAUUUGUUGCGGCGGCGAUGGGACUGUGGGGUGGAUUUUAGAGACUAUGGAUCGUGUUCAGUUCGAACAUCAACCAGCGGUGGGUGUGAUUCCUCUGGGUACGGGUAACGACUUGGCCCGGUGUUUGCGAUGGGGUGGCGGUUACGAGGGCGAGGCUAUUCACAAAGUCCUCAAGAAAAUUGAGAAAGCAACACCAGUCAUGAUGGAUCGAUGGCAAAUCGACGUUUUGGAUCAAAAGGAGGAAAGAAAACCGAACCAAGACUGCAUCCCAUAUAAUAUUAUAAAUAAUUAUUUCUCCGUCGGUGUGGAUGCUGCCAUUUGCGUGAAGUUUCAUUUAGAACGGGAAAAAAAUCCCGAGAAGUUUAAUAGCCGAAUGAAAAAUAAAUUAUGGUACUUCGAGUAUGCGACUACCGAACAGUUUGCUGCCAGCUGCAAAAAUCUGCACGAAGAUCUUGAAAUAAUAUGUGAUGGUGUUCCACUCGAUCUCGCGCAUGGUCCGUCCCUUCAGGGUGUCGCUCUGCUGAACAUUCCGUUCACUCACGGAGGUUCGAAUCUCUGGGGAGAACAUCACACGAGACAUCGUCUUGGAAAGAGAAAGAAAAGGCCAGACAAGGAACUAAGUACGAGUAGCUUCAAUUCCGUCGAUCUCACAGCAGCUAUUCAAGAUAUUGGUGAUAAUCUGAUAGAGGUAAUAGGCCUAGAGAACUGUCUGCAUAUGGGCCAGGUGAAAACGGGUCUUAGAGCAUCGGGCAGAAGGCUGGCCCAAUGUAGCAGCGUGACCAUAACCACAAGCAAAAGAUUUCCCAUGCAGAUUGAUGGGGAGCCAUGGAUGCAGGGCCCGUGUACGGUGAGUUAAAAAAAUUCAUAUAACGCACAAGAACCAAGUCCCAAUGCUGAUGGCUCCGCCUCCCGACAAGAACAGGGGCUUCUUCCGUUUUUUGAAAAGGUGAACGUCCACUUUCCGGACUGAAAAAAAAGAAAAGCUCCUCGAUUUUGACUAGAAUCAACUAACCAAACUCUCCCUUUUAGACAUCUUUAAACUAGUUUAGCUGUUGCUCUGUUAGUGUCUCGUACUUUCAUUUCGACUCGUGUUACGAGUCUUUGAAAGACCCUCUAAAGUAACUCUAUGAAUAUCUAUUACUUUGUUGUUACUCGCAUGCAUUCUCUAUAGAGCUCUCGUCAUGUGUACAAGCAAGCGCUUACGUCGCAUGGAUAUAUCUGUUCAUGUACAGUAUUUUCAAAGUUGAAGGCCAACGAUUUACAUCUUGGCAUAACAUUAGCAGAAAACAGACU